GCUGCUGCCAUAGUCCAGAGGUCUCCAUGGGUCCCUGACGGCCUCCCAUUGCUGCUGUUUCCAUCGCCACACUCUGGGCCAUGUGCCACAUUCAGGUCUCUUCACACUGCUGGGUUCCAUUUUGUCAUAGGGUUGCUGGCAGAUUACAGGCCUCCCAUAGGUGCUGCCAGGCCCCAAAUCUGCCAUGGACCCCCGUACCGCCUGGUCACGCUGCUGCUGGGCCCACAGUGUGACCUGGGUCCCUGUACCGCCUCCCAUUGCUCCCACUCUGCCAUGUGCCACUUUCAGGUCUCCUCACACUCCUGCUGGUUUCCAUUUUUGUCAUAGGUUGCUGUAUGGCCUCCCAUUGCUGCUGCCUCCACCGCCACACUGUGGCUCCAAACACUGGUUUUGGCCCCGUGACUGGCCAAAUGAGUGA